GAACUUCAAAGACAAUAUUUUUAUUUUUGUUAAGAAUUCUAAAUUUACCAAAUAGUCCUUUUUCUCUAAUUCCAAAUCUUGAAGCAUCUGACUUUAAUAAAACAAAGUAAUUUUUAAAUUAGUGAGCAGACAUCGGAAUCGGACAGUGUCCUCUUUCCUCGCCGAUCCCUCUCUCUUCCUCUGAUCUCCGAUCUCAAUCAAUCAAACCGCGUCUUGAUUUCUUCUACGUUUCUGAAGAACCCACCUCCCAAGUCUCUCUGCUCAAAUUCUAAUCUUCCACGGAAUUGAUUUUGGAUUCCAUUGCUUCUUCUUCUUCUCUUCCCGGAUUCGGUUGGUUUUUCCACGGAUUUGAACGAUACCCAUUUGGUGAUUCGAUCUGUCUGUAUCUGGGUUCGCGGCAAAAUGAUGUCUUUUCAACUGUUAGGUUGCAGCUAAGAGAUUGGAUCAUCUCUGUGUUCGACAUUGUUGUUGUUGGAUGCAUUCUUCUUUUGCAUGAUGGGUUUAAAAUUCGUAUUGGAGCUAGAAGAGAUUGAUUGUAUAUGGUAACUAAUUAGAUUGCCCUGAAUCUUUCGUUGUGGUUUUGAAUGCCGAAAAUGCGGUUGGGGUUGGAUCAUUAAGAAAAGAAAUGAGUAAUUUCACCAAGAGUUCAUCAUUCAAUAGAAGGGCAUUGAGUUCCUUAGCUAUAGAAAGCCCUAGGAACUCAUCUUCUAGUGUCUUCACUAGUCCCAUUGGCUCAGCUUUCGCUAGCCCGAGAUCACAGAACUUUGGAGGAAGUCCACGCCCUUCUACGAACCGGUUAAAAGAGAUCUCAUAUUUGUUUCAGGUGCUUAUCAUCGCUGGAACUAUUGUGUCGUUUCUUGUUAUCAUCGCUGGAGGUUAUUUGUAUGUUGUUCCUAGCCUUGGUCAAACGUUCUUAGGUUACAAUGGGGCAUUGGAGUUUAACAGCUCUGUUGUGGGUGAUACAGAAUGUGAUAUCUUCGAUGGGAAUUGGGUUGUUGACGAUAACUACCCGUUAUAUAACGCUUCGGAGUGUCCAUUUGUAGAGAAAGGGUUCAAUUGCUUAGGGAAUGGGCGUGGACACGAUGAGUAUUUGAAGUGGAGGUGGAAGCCUAAGCAUUGUACUGUUCCAAGAUUUGAAGUACGUGAUGUAUUGAAGAGAUUAAGAGGGAAAAGGAUAGUUUUUGUGGGAGAUUCGAUGAGUAGGACGCAGUGGGAGUCUUUGAUAUGCAUGUUGAUGACAGGGUUGGAAGAUAAAAGGAGUGUUUAUGAAGUCAAUGGGAACAAUAUUACGAAAAGGAUACGGUUUUUGGGUGUGAGGUUUAGCUCCUACAAUUUUACAGUUGAGUUUUACCGAUCGGUUUUCUUAGUUCAGCCUGGGAGGCUGCGUUGGCACGCACCGAAACGUGUUAAGUCAACGUUAAAGUUAGAUGUUUUAGAUGUUAUUAACCACGAAUGGAGCUCAGCUGAUUUUCUCAUAUUCAAUACUGGUCAAUGGUGGGUGCCUGGGAAGCUUUUCGAAACGGGAUGUUACUUUCAGGUUGGAAAUUCACUGAGGCUCGGAAUGUCAAUUCCUGCAGCGUAUAGAGUAGCAUUAGAGACAUGGGCAUCAUGGAUAGAGAGUACAGUUGAUCCAAACAAAACUCGGGUUUUGUUUCGUACAUUUGAGCCAUCGCAUUGGAGUGAUCAUAGAUCAUGCAAUGUGACAAAGUAUCCAGCCCCAGACACUGAAGGAAGAGACAAAAGCAUAUUCUCUGAAAUGAUCAAAGAAGUAGUUAAGAACAUGACGAUUCCGGUAUCAAUAUUGGAUGUAACUUCGAUGUCAGCGUUUAGAAGCGAUGGUCAUGUCGGUUUAUGGAGCGAUAAUCCUUUGGUACCUGAUUGUAGUCAUUGGUGUCUACCUGGAGUACCUGAUAUCUGGAAUGAGAUCUUGCUCUUCUUCCUCUUUAGACAACCAGUUCAGUGAAGUGGAUAAUUGCAACAUAGAAAAAAAGAUUAACGACCCUUGAAGACUGAAUCUCUCGGAGCUAAUUGUUCAUGUUUCUUCUGAGAGCUAAAGACAGAUAAAGGGGUCACAAAUUUUUGGUGAAAGUUAAAAAUGAUUCUUACUUAAUUCAUUCUUUUAUUGUUUCUUCUACGUCCUUCUUCUUUUUAUUUGUAAUGUCACGGCUUGAUAACUAUUCAACACGUAAUGUCACGGCUUGAUUUAUCUGCAACUGAAUUCAAGACAUUUUCUUGCCG